AUGGCAGCUGAUAUUAUUUCAACAGUUGAAUUUAAUUACUCUGGUGAUCUUCUUGCAACAGGAGACAAAGGUGGCAGAGUGGUUAUAUUUCAAAGGGAACAAGAGAAUAAAAGCCGUCCUCAUUCUAGGGGAGAAUAUAAUGUUUACAGUACCUUUCAGAGUCAUGAACCUGAGUUUGACUACUUGAAAAGUCUAGAAAUUGAGGAAAAAAUUAAUAAAAUUAGGUGGUUACCACAACAGAAUGCUGCUCAUUUCCUGCUGUCUACAAAUGAUAAAACUAUUAAAUUAUGGAAAAUAAGUGAAAGGGAUAAAAGAGCCGAAGGUUAUAAUUUAAAAGAUGAAGAUGGAAGACUUAGGGAUCCUUUCAGAAUCACAGCACUACGGGUGCCAAUAUUGAAACCCAUGGACCUAAUGGUAGAAGCAAGUCCCAGAAGGAUAUUUGCAAAUGCACAUACUUAUCACAUAAACUCUAUUUCAGUAAAUAGUGAUCAUGAAACAUACCUUUCUGCAGAUGACCUAAGAAUUAACCUAUGGCAUUUAGAAAUCACAGAUAGAAGUUUUAAUAUUGUAGAUAUUAAGCCUGCUAACAUGGAGGAGCUGACAGAAGUGAUUACUGCUGCAGAGUUCCACCCUCAUCACUGUAACGUGUUUGUCUACAGUAGUAGCAAAGGAACUAUUCGACUUUGUGACAUGCGUUCUUCAGCCCUCUGUGAUAGGCAUUCAAAAUUUUUUGAAGAACCUGAAGAUCCUAGCAGCAGAUCGUUUUUUUCAGAAAUAAUAUCAUCGAUAUCUGAUGUAAAAUUCAGUCACAGUGGUCGAUACAUGAUGACAAGAGACUACCUUUCUGUUAAAGUGUGGGAUCUCAAUAUGGAAAACAGGCCUGUAGAGACAUAUCAAGUUCAUGAGUAUCUUCGAAGCAAGCUUUGUUCCCUUUACGAAAAUGACUGCAUCUUCGACAAAUUUGAAUGCUGCUGGAACGGUUCUGAUAGUGCUAUCAUGACUGGAUCUUACAACAAUUUCUUUAGAAUGUUUGACCGAAACACGCGACGGGAUAUCACUCUAGAAGCAUCCAGGGAGAGCAGCAAACCUCGUGCCAUCUUAAAGCCACGUAAAGUGUGUACAGGUGGUAAAAGAAAGAAGGAUGAAAUAAGCGUUGACAGUCUGGACUUCAACAAGAAGAUUCUUCAUACAGCAUGGCAUCCCAUGGAGAACAUCAUUGCUGUAGCUGCCACCAAUAAUUUGUAUAUAUUCCAGGACAAAAUUAACUAAAAAUGACUUACUUGAGGACAGAGUCGUCGUCUUGCAUAGUUAAGCUCAGUUGUUUAUCUGUAAAAGAGAAGGCCUUCUUGUCCUACCAGUGAAGAACAUUGAUGCACUUACUUCCCUUUAGAUAAAGGAGAGGAUCUGGCCUGGUUUUUGAGUUCAUGGUAUAGUUCUGCCUUCGGUGGGGGUAGGGAGUGUCAGUCGCAGUUUUCUGGGAGAAACCCUCCAGAGGCAGAAUUGAUGGACAGUGCUCAAUAAGGCCAAUACUCAAAACAAAUGUAUUUAUUUAAGUCUGAGCCUUCCUUUCCAGUUUAUAGACCAAAAAUUUAACACCCAAGAAGAAAAAAUUGUCAUAAAAAUGUAAUUUCUAUCUCUCGCGCUCUUUCUCUGCUGUAAUAUUUGGGCCUUUCAAAACAUAUAUUGUGCUUAAUGCCUGUAAACAUUCCUCCUCUGGCCUGUAUCUAGGCUUAGGUGUUUUUACCUUUGAGCACUUAGGUAGGUCUUGAGUUGGGUUCGUAGACAGGUUUCCAUGAAUAUUUACUCACCAACUGUAUCUAUAACCACACCUUCUGGUGUAAACCACUUAAUAAAAUAACAAACUAUAAAAAGAGUUUUUAAAUCUGAAGGUAUGUAUUCAGUCUUUUUAUUUUUUUUUUUAUUGCAUGUACUGAGAUUGUGCAAAAUAAUUCUGAUGGGCAGAUUUGACAAUGUUUGCCCCAAAACAUUGAUUUUUGGCAGACUAAUACAAACUUUUUUGUGUAGUAUUUCAAAUUCUAAAUUUAGAGUUUCCAUGAAAUUGUCAUUUAGUUUAAGUUGCACUGGUUUUCUUGUAAAAUGCUAUCUGUGUACCAAGUAGGAGAUUGAAAAGGUUAGUAUAAAGACAUCCACAGCCUUAAUAGAAAGUGACUACCUUGCACAGAAGGGAAAACAAAACAUUUAACAAAAUUUCUUCUUUGAAGAUAAAAAUUCAGUUUAUCUGAUGCCUCUCAGUGUUAGAUAGAGACAUACCUUAUGUGCAUUAUGUUUUUUAACCUUUUUAGUAUUUGUCAUGAAGAUAUAGUUUAUUUUAAAUAUUUGGCAUAAUAUAUUGUAUUUCAUAUUGCAGUUCAAGCCAGCAAAAAAAAAAAACAACUAUCUUGAUUAUGCCAAGCAGCAACGCAGCUUAAUACAUUUUAGCACGUUCCGACUUUAACACCAAGAUGUCGGAAAACACUGAGGCUACGAGCUGGUGUUAACUGCGGUUGUUGUAACUCUGUUCUUGCUAACUUUUUUUUAAGCCUUAGGUACUUUUUUUUUUUCCUUCUCCCUCCAAAGAGGCCUAAAAUGCAUCAACCUUCUCUUCACCCUAGACCAGCCUGGGUGAGCAGCUGUUCCUGAAGCUGUUGCAGCACGUUUUAGUAGCAUCGAGUAGCUAGACAUUACACUCUAUGAAAUGUGCCUGCAAAUUAGAAAUUCUUUCUGAAAAACGAGAUCCCUUGAGCUUCCCAGAUGAAACACAGAAGUGUGGUUUACACUCCAUUUUUCUUAAAAUGAAGGUGUAUUAUGAUUACUGAAUCAGAUCUGCAUAUGCAAGAGCAAAAUGUCUCCGUUCUUACCCUCCCGAUUAAUGUCCAUAGAGUGCCACUCUUGUUCACAGUAAGCUAGUAAGUACAACUAACUUUGAGGUUCUACAAAUAAAGUUUAAAUUAAAAAAAACUUAUACUGUAUAUUGGUUGUGACACUAUUUGAAAAUCUUGAAAUGUGGAACUUCUGGGUCACUAAAGCAUUAGAUUUGACCUUGUUCCUAAAAUACAUAAUAGAGCUAAUACAAUGGGAUUGUACAUACUUGUUCAAUUAUUUUGACCAAAAAGUUUAAUAAAUUUUAAAUGUUUACCUG